GAGUGGUUCACUUCCCAGCUGAACUGGCUGUCUGGAUUUUGCACAACAAGGAGGCUGACAGAGUACGAUGGCGGCUGGAGGAGGAUGUGCGGACAGCGUGGAUGAGUACCGGGCCGAGGUGGAGCGGCUGAGCCGCGAGCUCGCUGAAGCGAACCGGGAGAAGAUCCGCGCGGCGGAGUGCGGCCUCGCUGUGCUCGAGGAGAACCAGAGUCUGAAACAGCAGUGCACCGAGCUGGAGACUGAGCAGGAGACGCUCAGAAGAGAGCUGGAGCAGCUGCAGGAGGCAUUUGGGCAGGCGUACUCUAACCAGCGUAAAGUGGCAGAGCAUGGUGAGACGAAUGAGGAGACACUUCUGCAGGAGUCCGCCUCCAAAGAGGCAUACUACAAGAAUCGCCUGCUAGAGUUGCAGACGGAGCUCGACCUGAGUCGCUCAGUGGCUUCUAACACACAGGCGGAGAACGAACGGCUUAACAUGCUGCUCCAGGACUUAAGAGAGAGUAACGAGAUGCUGGAGCUGCAGAAGGCCAGGAUGAGAGAAGAGAUUAAGGAGUAUAAAUUCAGAGAAGCCAGAUUGCUGCAGGACUACACUGAGCUGGAGGAGGAGAACAUCACACUACAGAAACUCGUGUCCACACUCAAGCAGAACCAGGUGGAGUAUGAGGGUUUAAAACACGAAAUCAAAGUUCUGGAGGAAGAAACAGUUCUGCUAAAUAGCCAAUUAGAUGACGCGUUGCGUUUAAAGGACAUCUCUGAGGGACAGUUAGAAGAGGCGCUGGAUGCUCUGAAGAUUGAACGAGAACAGAAGAACAGCCUAAGGAAGGAGCUAGCCCACCACCUCAGCCUGUCUGACAGUGUGUAUGGAACCAGCACACAGAUCCCCAUCUCUGUUGUAGAGGGAUUAAAGUUUGCAGAGGAGCCAACCACCAAUGCCACCUUGGCCUCCGGAUCUAAUCCCAAUAAUGAGGACAGUAACAGGUGUAACGGCUGUAAUGGCCAUGGGCCGAAAAUGAACAGUGACUACCACCGGCCGGGUGGGAGGAAAGAAUUGCUGAACCCUGUGUCUGAUCUGUUCAGUGAACUCAACCUGUCUGAAAUCCAGAAAUUGAAACAGCAACUCUUACAGGUGGAGCGUGAAAAUGCCACCCUACUGACUAACCUGCAGGAGUCUCAGACCCAGCUACAACACACGCAAGGAGCUCUAACAGAGCAACACAAGCGUGUGAAUUGCCUUACAGCACGUGUCAAUGCUAUGAAACGUCUGUGCAGUGACAAGCAGCUGGAUGCUGAGGAGACCGAGAAAGGGGAUACUCCUUUGAAUGGCUGCCGUGAGUAUGACGUCGACAUUAAUGGCAUUGAGAUCCUGGAAUGUAAGUACAAGGUGGCUGUUACAGAGGUCAUCGACCUGAAAGCAGAGUUGAAAGCCUUGAAGGAAAAGUACAAUCAGUCUGUGGAGAGCCAAUCAGAAGAGCGCAGCGAAAGUGAGGGGAAAGUGCAAGCACUUUAUGAUCAUGUGACAUCAUUGGAGAGAGAGUGUCGUGAGAGCCGUGAGCGAAUCACCAGCCUAGAGGCCGAGCUCCGAUGCACAUCAUCCAUGUCCAGUGAGAGUCAAGCUAUGCUGAAUGCUGCUCAGGAUGAGCUAGUUACCUUCAGCGAAGAACUUGCCCAGCUUUAUCAUCAUGUCUGCUUGUGCAACAACGAAACACCCAAUCGUGUCAUGCUGGACUACUACCGCCAGAGUCGUGUUACACGUAGCGGCAGUCUUAAAGGUACUGAUGACCCACGUGCAUUGCUGUCACCACGCCUUGCCCGUCGACUUGCUGCUGCCAACUCGUCAGAUCCUUCUCGGAGCCCUCAUGACUCACCCUUGAAGGAAGCAUUGGGUGAAGGUGGUAAAGCAGAGACAGUGAGUCCCAAUAGAACCCCAUUUGGCUCCCCGGUCCACAGUGCCUCACCAGCUGCUUCACCCUUACCAGAUGCAAACGGAGAUCUUCGCAAAGAGCCUUUGAAUAUUUACAACUUGAAUGCCAUUAUUCGGGACCAGAUCAAGCACCUACAGAGAGCUGUGGAUCGCUCACUGCAACUGUCCAGACAGAGGGCUGCUGCUCGGGAGCUGGCACCGAUCUUUGACAAGGACAAGGAGACCUGCAUGGAGGAGAUCCUGAAGAUGAAGUCCCUCUUGAGCACGAAGAGGGAACAGAUAGCCACUUUAAGGCUUGUACUUAAAGCCAACAAACAGACUGCAGAAGUAGCCUUGGCUAACCUGAAGAGCAAGUAUGAAAAUGAAAAGACUAUUGUGACAGAGACAAUGAUGAAGCUGAGGAAUGAGCUAAAGGCUCUGAAAGAGGAUGCAGCCACCUUUUCCUCUCUGAGGGCGAUGUUUGCCACCAGGUGCGAUGAGUAUGUUACUCAGCUGGAUGAGAUGCAGAGGCAGCUGGCAGCAGCAGAAGAUGAGAAAAAGACUCUUAAUUCCCUGCUCCGCAUGGCCAUCCAGCAGAAGCUGGCUCUCACACAGCGCUUGGAAGACCUGGAGUGUGAUCAUGAGCAGUCACAUCGUGGCCGUGUAGUAAAGAUGCCCAAAAUCAAAACCAUUCCUCCGAAGUCUCUUGUAGAUUGUCAGCAGUCUGCUGCAUCAGUAUCGCCACGCUCCCGACAAGUGAGGAGUGGGAGAGUAUUCACAGCUCGCAGUGCUAAUAUUGUGAUAACACUUCGAGAAGAUGAGCUACAAGAAGCCACCUCCAGACUUCCCUGUGACCCUUUCACAUGUCUGUCACAUCGCUCCAAUAUACCGGGUCCUUAGCCUAUUCCACUGGCCCCUCCCAUCCCACAAUUUCCCGUGGCCCUGCCUACUUCCAGAGGAACUAACCAGGGGACAUGCUUUUUAAACAUCCGUUCAGGUGCUCCUCUUUCUGCGUGACCUCAAAUGGACUCGCCCUGUUUUAACCCACGUUGGUGAGCCAAGACUAUGGUGCACUACUUUGCUGUCAUUGGAUACAAAUUAACACAUCUUACUUUGGAAAGAGAGAGAGUGAAUAUUAAUGCCUGGAAUGGACUUUUUAGUCAUUUAUUUAUCUAUUUAUUUAUGUUUAUUAAGUUCUAUUUCUAUUUAUUUGCAAUCUUAUGUGACUGGAAUUCAUUUUCAUGUGAAACUGAAAGGUGCUGUGGAUUUUUAGAAUAUCAGCAACUGAGUAAGAAAAAUAUUGCUUUUUAUCCGAAACAUAAAAACAUGUUUAAAAGCUUCAAAGAGGUUUGGUAAAAUAAAUUGAUGUUUAGCAAUAAUUAAAAUUUCUAAAAUUUGUGAUUAAUGGCCAUGGGAUAAAUGAGUGGAUAGGAAAAGUCCUUGGCUUCCAAAUUGUUUGGGGUUUUUUUGUUUGUUUGUUUGUUUGUUUUAACAAACCAAGAAAGUGUUAUUUGGCAAUAAGAUUUGCUUGACGUAUUGAAUAGACCAGAACAAGUUGAAUCUAAGUAAUAACUGUCUGUAAAUGUAAUUUUCCAACAUGUGGUUGAGAAACAUUUGGUUUUAACCUGUGUGAAACCUUCUGCUACACUGGAAGUGUUUCUAUUACAGUGAUAAUAUUAUGAUGCUAUGCAUAGGAUGUAUUCUAUUAAUUUAUAUUCAUUUUUUUUGCAAUGCAUUAUUAUAAAGAUUAUAUUUUAUACUUGAUUUAUCUCUUUUUUUCUUUUUUUGUUAUUUUUUUUUUUACAGUUGAUGUGAGCAAGGUAGGUAAGAUUGUUUGAAUGUGAGUGAUACUGUAAAAGUUAAAGAGCAGAUAGUGAGUUUGGUCUGAUCCUGCUGUGCUGAAACUUUCAACAUUGUAACACCCCAAAAUAUACAACAAUUGAAAUCUUUUGCAUCAAAUUUUCACUAAUAAGGUGAUUAUGGAUGUAAUGUCUCUUCUCGCUCACUCUUCUCCCUUUCUCCCACCUGUGACUUAAGCACAAACACAUUAAUAAUCUCAAUAAUUAUUUGGUCGUAUUAUAUCGUCAAACAUACCAGCAGGACAAUUUCAGAUACUUUUCUGAUUUAAGAUGCUAAUAAAAUUGUAAAGAAAUUGUUAAACUACUAAAUUAAAUCUCUACUCAUUCAGUAUGUAAGUAUCUUUUGAGAAAGUGGAACAAAGUUGAGUUUCUCUAAUGACACUAACAAAAGAGGUAAUCUGAUGAAUGAUCUUAUUGUGACGCCUGUUUCAGUCUUCCUGGUACUUUUGGUACCAUAUCUUUUAGUUUACAUGGAAGGGCUUUUGAUUGUUCUAUAUGAGAUGAUUGUGUUCGGUUUGAAAUUUUGUGGUUGCUUGAUGUGAACAAUGGUCUAAAAAGGAAAUGAAGUGAUAUACACUGAACUGGACAAUCACCCUCUUUGUUACCGGUGAAAGCAUACACAGUAAAAUCCCUAGUGUUAAUAAACGCCCAAAUCAACACUGGGGAUUUUGCUGUGUAGUUGUUACAGCAGGACAUAAUGAUACACUGCUUUUUGUGUCUAUGUAUUCAGUUGUGAUAAAGUCAUGAUUUAUGUAUUUGUUCAUGAAAUAAACUCUGAACUCAAGAUUCA